UGGUGGUGAUGAUGAUGAUGGUGUGUUGGUGACAUUCAAAUGUCAAGUAGUCAAAAAAAAAAAAAAAUAAAUAAAUCGAACCAUAGUGUGUGUGUGUGUGUGUGUUUUUGAAUAGAUUCGAAUUCGAUUCUUUUUCUAAUAGAUGUCCAUUGGCUAUUUUGAUCUAGUGAAUUUGUUCUAUAUUGGUCACCAUGAAUGACGAGAUUCAAGUGGCACUCAAUUUUCUCAUAUCGUUCCUUUAUAACAAAUUACCUCGUCGACGUGUUAAUCAAUUUGGUGAAGAAUUGGAAUUGAUCAUAAGGAAUCGAUUCGAUGGCCAUUGGUAUCCGGAUGAGCCAUCAAAAGGUUCAGCAUAUCGUUGUAUACAUUGUAAUCCUCAACUUGAUUCAUCAUUGUUCCGUGAAGCUGCUCACAAUAGUGGCCUCAAUCUUCAGGAUGUCCAACAAAAUCUUCCCGUUGAAUUAAGUAUCUGGAUUGAUCCGGGUGAAGUUUCCUAUCGAAUUAGUGAAAAAGGCCCAGUCAAUAUACUGUAUAGCGUGAAAAGAGGUGGCGGAUCUUCCGUUCAACAGACUAACGGUUUGAAUCCGGAAUCAAUGUUUUCAGCCAGAAUCGCUAUACUUGGAAAGCAGAUCGAUGGUCAAUCAACACCACCAUCAACAGCAACAACAACAACAACAACAACAACAGCAGCAGCAGCAGCAGCAGCCAAUAACAAGAAUGAAGCGAUCACAUUUACAACGGCAGCAUUCGCUGCCACAAAAUUUGGCUCAACUAAACCUAAAGUUUCAAUUAUGAACAAAAAACAAUUCCAACAGAAUCGUAUUCUGCCCACCGAUGGUCAAACGACUAAAUUCAUGGCCACUUCCCGCAAGCUACAACAUUUCAAACCAAUUUCACGCACCAAUUCUUUUAACAGCAAUAAUGGUCAGCCAUUUCCUCAUCACUGCCAACCACUAUUAUCCAACUGCCAAAAUGGCCAGCCACAACAAAUCAUGGACAACCAAAAACAACAACAACAACAACAAUAUCAGCAACAGCAACAGCAGCAGCAAAAGAUGCGUCAAUUGAUACGAUGGAAUAACGGAAUAAAGUCUGGUUUCGAUCGUGAUCAUCAUCAGCCUUCGAUGGCUAUGGCUUUGUUCGAGCAACAAUCUGCUUCUGCAGAAUUUCCUGCAUCACAAACACACCACCAAAUGAACAAUGUAAACUCAUUUGAUGUCUUGCACAAUGGCGAAUCAAAUAUGACCUGGAACACGAAUCAACAACCUGGUUUUCAGCGAUCAAUCUCGCUAUUAGAUAAUGGAAACGUAGACAAUGGUAAUGGUGGUGGUGGUGGCUUCUUGCUAGACACUUUUAUGUCCGAUAAAUUACUACGUGAAAUUUUCGAAAUGGGUGAUGGUGACGAUCAAAUCAACGAUUCAAACGAUGAUAACCUUAUGAUGAUGUUUAGUAACACCAGCAACAACAACCAUAACAACAAUCAAUCACCACCAGAAUUAAUUUCUCCAUCAUCACUGGAAACAAUAUUACCACCAUUACCAAAACAAUUAUCAUCAUGUUGGUCAUCAUCAUCAUCAUCAUCAUCGACAACAUCAACAUCAUCAGGUGUAACAGCUAUCAUGAACACAUCAUCAUCAUCAUCACCACCGCCACCACCAACAUCAUUGCUCAACAUAUUGAGCGAAUUUGAUAAUCUAAGUCUUAAUUCAACAAGCGAAUCAUCAUCAUCAUCGAUUGGUUCGAUUGCAUCAUAUGUGCAAUAAUAAUAAUAAUAUCGUAGAAUAUUGAAGCAAAACAAAAGUGGUUUUUAUUUUCAUUUUAUUUUUAUUUUUUUAUACAUUUUCAAUUCAUAAUUAUUGAUUAUUGACAAAUAUAACCAAUUGAUUA